AUGUACGAAGGGAUUGACAACCUGAAAUCCCUUUACGACCGUGCCGGGAAGACUUUCUCCGGCGGUCCUUCUGCGGCACAGGAUGUGUCGCGUCGUACUGCUCGACCAGACCCAGUACGUCAACCAUCAAUUGGGAGCGGGGCUCCCAAGAAUCCCAGGACGGGGGAUAGCCGCGCCACCGGACGAGGUAACUCGUCCGACGUCCGUUCACGUCGCGGUGGUUCAACAGCUGCUCUACUAGAUAGCGCUGGCCACCGCGAGAGUCCUCUAAUGGAGGUGGAGGAGGAGGAAAGACGCUCUCCACACGAUCAUGUGGAUCGGUGUGUUCCCGAGAGCUUCUUUGAUCGCGUAACGCAAGGGUUACGCGACGAUCUCGAGCAUGAGCGGAAUAGGCGUCUCCAGAUGGCGGACACUGUCUCGAAGCAUCGAGCUGAGUUUGCCUUUGCUCAGCUUGAGAACGAGAGAUCUCUGACAUCUCUUCGUGACGAGCUAAGGGUAGCUCGUGGGAUUGUUGAUCGGUCUCGGGCUGAGAUAACUGCUCUUCAGACCCUUGUUGAUGCCCACCAUCGGGAGCACAAGGCUCUCUGCGAGAUGCUUGAGCGCAAGGGCGUUCUUCAUCGGAAGAAGCAGCGUACUGAUGGUACGGCUUAA